GUUUUGUAGAAGUAAAGUAUUUGAGAAUAUUGUGAUUAUUAUAGUGUUUUAAUAUGUUUUUUGUUAUUAAAUAUUAAUGAACAAUAUGCAGUAACUACUUACUUUCAUGUAUCGACAUGGCGGUGAUAAAAUACCUUUGGUUUCUUGUGUUAUUUGCGUUAAAAGAAGCGUGUGCUGACCUCAAAUGUGAAAUACAAGAUGAUGAUGGUGAAAUAUUGAAAUGUACAAAUGACGAGGUAUAUAAUUUAGUACUGCAAAGAGGAUUCUUGUCGUCUUACCGAAAUGCUACUACUAUUAUAAUGAAUUUGUGCUCCAUAGUAAAUAUAGACACGGAGGUAUUCGAAGAUGUACCUUCAUUGAAGACUCUCGAUUUAUCAGUAAAUUAUAUAGAGAAUAUAACAAUCGGCACUUUUGAUGGACUAACUGAAUUAGAAGAAUUAAAUCUAUUCAAUAAUUAUAUUGAAGAUCUACCGGUUGAUAUAUUUAAGUUUAACGUUAAUCUAAAAAAACUUAACAUAGGAGAUAAUGUUUUGUUUUGGUUAAAUGUUGGCGUCUUUGAUAGUUUAGUGAAUUUGACAAGUUUGGUCCUAUCCAGCAAUUACAUAGCUGGGAAUUAUUGGGAUCCUGAAGUAUUUAGAAGAAAUGUCAAUAUAAUGAAUAUACAAUUUAAUGGUAACAAUAUGUCCGAAGCCCCACAAAAUUUGCUAAGUCGCUUUGAUAAGUUAAUUUCUGUAAAUCUUAAGAAUUGUCACCUUACAGAAUUCCCAGCAUUUCUUAUAUCAAGUAAUAAAACAAAUGUAAUAAUUUUAAAUCUACGAGAAAAUGAAAUUCGAAUAAUUGAAAAGGACUUCUUCGAGAAUUACGAAAUUAUAUCUAUAUUAGAUUUGUCUCGAAAUCAAAUUGAAUACAUAGCUGAGUAUUCCUUCAAAAGCAUGAAGAAACUGACAUUUUUAAAUUUGAGCAGAAAUUUAUUGACUACCUUACCACACGGAUUAUUUGCAACCACGUAUAGAUUAUCUCUACUAGAUUUGUCUCAUAAUAUGCUCACUGUUUUACAAGAGGAUUUAUUCAAAAGAACUAAGUUGAAAAACUUAAAUGUCGCUUACAAUCGACUGACUUACUUACAGCAAGAUUUCUGCCAGCAACAGAAGAAUACGGGAGCCAUUUUAAAGAUUUUCUUUUUCAACCACAAUCCAUGGCAAUGUGCUUGUUUAAAAGAAUUGUUGAACGAAGUUAAAAGAUCUAGAAUUAAUUAUAACUUCACUUAUUUUGACGGCGUUCAGCCAGUUUGUGUCACUGAAGAGUUUGUAUGCAAAAGACAAGAAAAUGUCAACAGCUUCUAUGCAGAUUUAUUUGAUAGUACUGUAAAAAACGUUAUGUAAAUUUGACAUUUUAUACAAACAGCCUAUUUAGAUUUUAAGCUAUGCAAAGUACUUGAGUUGUCACGUCGGCUGAAAGACUGUUCAUAUUCCUGACGUGCCAAAUCAAAUUCGUGGUAUUUUUACUUCACUGACUGCUGUCGUCACUUUCACCGUUAUUUAAACAAUUAUAUGUUUGUUUUAAUAUUAUCCUAAAUUUAAACUAAAUGACUUCCUUUGUGACCACUUAACCUCUCUGAGAGCAAAGAUUUGUAUUUUGGUAUGUAUUGAAAUAACUCGAAAACU